ACCAGAGAAAUAAAAUGGAGAAUUUUGUGUGAUUGUUGUUUUGCACAACAUUAAUCUCGCGUACGAGUUGUCAAAAGUUUGUAUACUUUCCUUGUUUAAAACCGGUCAAAAAGUACCGCAAAGUAUUCCUGGAUCCCACCGGAACAUAGUCUUUGCGGGAAAAGAUCUCGUGACGCGUUUUCCAGAGCACCAGCGCCGUCGGAAAAAGUACGUUUUUGACGACGAACCAUUCCCAGCAGGCCCGAUUAUGAUAGAAGCAAAAUAGUGUAAAGCCUGCUGCUAAGGUGUUUCUGCCUUUGCUUGGUGGGAGUGAAAAGGGAGGCUUCUCAAGAAAUGUGCGCUUCUUCCAGUGAUUGGAUUUGUUUUAGUUUGGUGAAAAUUACAUCACAAUUCGUGAAUAGGGCUUUAUUUGUAGUUCCACGUAACAUUGUCGCAAACGGAGCCCGCGAAAAAAUGUGAAAAUCGUUUGGAUUAAUCUUUAAUCAAUAUCACCCGCAGAAGAAGAAAUUGGAAUCAUUAAAUUUGAUGGGGAGUGACGAAAGUGAGUGAAGGAGAAGUGCUUGAUAGGAUGGAGAGUUGCUAGUCAAAUAAUGGAAGUGUCGUAAAAAGUGUUUGUGUGAAAAGAACUAACAUUGAAGAACUCUUCGCGUUCGAAAAAAAAACUUUAUACUGUGAAUAGAGUGUACCAAAUCAUUACUCAAUCAAAGGUUUAUCCCGUAACUCGGUGGAUGGGCAGUGAAUUUUCCUAGACCACGGGCCAGAAUGAAGGAGAUGGUCGGUGGUUGCUGUGUUUGCUCCGAUGAUCGGGGUUGGUCAGAGAACCCUCUGGUCUACUGUGACGGUCAAAGCUGUGCGGUGGCCGUACACCAGGCGUGUUAUGGUAUUGUAACUGUCCCGAGCGGACCCUGGUUCUGUCGUAAAUGUGAAAGUCAAGAACGUUCGGCUCGAGUCCGCUGUGAACUGUGUCCAUCGCGGGAUGGCGCUCUUAAGCGAACCGAUAAUCAAGGCUGGGCACACGUAGUAUGUGCGCUGUACAUUCCGGAGGUUCGCUUCGGUAAUGUGACCACAAUGGAACCAAUUAUUUUGCAACUAAUUCCUCAAGAACGAUAUAACAAAACAUGUUACAUCUGCCAAGAACUGGGCAAAGGAUCACGUUCAACGGCAGGUGCCUGUAUGCAGUGUAACAAAUCUGGAUGUAAGCAGCAAUUCCAUGUUACGUGUGCCCAACAACUCGGCUUGCUCUGUGAAGAAGCAGGCAAUUAUCUGGACAAUGUCAAAUACUGUGGAUACUGUCAGCAUCAUUAUAGUAAAUUGAAAAAAGGAGGAAAUGUGAAAACAAUCCCACCGUACAAACCGAUCAGUCAUGAAACUAACUCUAGUGAUGGACCUUCGUCACCGGAAAAAGAGUUGGAGCCACCUGUUACGCAGCAGCACACGAGUGCUAAUACAAUACCUGGAAGUAGUAGCACUAGUGGUAACAUAAAAUCUAACAACCGUCUGCCGAUCGAUCAGAGCGCAACAUCAUCUGCGUCGUCUUCGUCGAAACAGAGAAAAUCGACAAGCGCAUCGAAGGGAGCCACAAGUUCUACUGCCACGUCAUCGACAUCUACAUUUGUUAGUACAGGAAGUAGCAAUCCUGCCAUAAGCAAUCAAUCCUCGUCCUCUUCCUCUGCUGGUCUUGCCGGAAUCGGACCUGGAAACGCCGGCAGCAGUACCACAGGAGGAGGUACUAGCAAGACUAUCUCGUCUUCUAGCAGUGGCAGUAAUAAGGAUAAAGAUAAAUAUAGCAAAAGUGUAAAUAAAGUAUCCAGUACAAACAAAACCCACGAUAAGGAACCCUCAUCAGGCUCUUCAUCUGCCUCCUCGUCUUCACAACGCGACAAAGGUUCGAAAUCUUCAAAAUCUAGUAGCACAGGAAGUAGCAGUAACACAAGCACUGUCGGAUCGUCUGUCAGUAAUCCAUCCGGUGCCAACUCUAGUAUCAGUAGCUCACUCAACAAAGAUAACGAUCCUUCCUCAUUAUCAUCCUCAAUCUCUGGCACUGCAACAAUGCUGCCAUCAUCGAUGAAAAGUCAAGACAAUGUGGCGAUUAAACCAGAAAAAACGCUUGCACAGAUUUCCUCCGCUGCUGCUUCUUCGGCAAGAGCAGCUUCUCUAUCUCCGGCAGCUAUUCCGACGACGUUAAUAAUAAAGCCACCACACGAUCCCAGCGGUAGCAACAAAGAGCUCCUGUCCAAAGAAACGAUUGCCAAGUUCACCACCUCCAAUUUCACUGAAACAAUCGUCGUAAAUUCGGAUUCGGUUUUCGGCUCUGCUGGCUCCAAUAAUAGUAGUAUCAGUGGCCCCGGCAGUGGUAAUGUAGCAAAUAUGGGCAGCUCGGGAAACAACGCGGGCUCUAACUUAGGGUCCACGACAGUGAUUGAGGCAGCUAGUGGUAGCAGUGGUGGCGGCGGAGGCAAGCUGAACGUUUCCGGGGGUAACUCGUACUCUACUGCGACGUCGGGUGUCGCUAAGAAGCGAAAAGCUGAUGCUAGAUCUACUCCAACAUCGUUUUUAAGUGGGGAUAUCGAUAUUAAUCGUGAUCUGAUUAAAGAUGUUGCCGUUUCCCUCGUGCCAUUGCCCUUGAACAAGAACGAUAAUAUCGAUCCAGCAUCUAUUCUCAGUAUCGAGAAAAGUAUCAAAAAGGCCAAAACUGAACCGAACUCUCCUCAUCAACCGAGCGGUGAGCUCAAUCUACAGAACGUUAGUCCUAAUUUGAUUCAGUCUCACGGAUCGAAUGUCAUCUCGUCGUCGAUCAAACAUCAGCAACAGCCCAAUUCACCUCAACUUCAGCAGCAACAACAGCAACAGCAGGGACAGCAACACACACCGAGUCUAGUGGUGUCCGUUCCCUUGUCGACAGCUACCGUACCUGGAAUAAACCUACCUACAAGUAACAGCAGUGCCUCCAGCACAAAUAACAAUGCUCCGAGCAGCAGUGUUAGCGGCAACACACCGAACAUUAUUUCACCGGGGCAAAUGUCGUCGGGAUCGAGCUUAUAUCAACAGUUGACCCAGAGAACGGGGGAGCAAAUAAUGAAUGCAACAAGCAAUCGAUCCAGUCCGGUGAUACAACUGCAAUCUAUUAUUCCUGGCCACGUCAUCCAGAAUCCGACUCACCCGAUGCUCGAACGACAAUCGCCGUCAAUGAGAUCGUCACCUGCCAUCAUUAGUAGCGCUGGUUCGCAACAACAAAUUCAUUCGUUCCCAUCCAGCGGAAUGGAUCUGAACCUGGUCGGGUUAUCGUCCAGUGUGUCCGUACUACAGAGUGUUUCGCCUGUGUCGAUGAGUGCCAUACAGAGUACUUCGUCAUCGCCUAUUAUUCCGGGCGGUGGUGAUGGUGGUCUUAAAAUUACAUAUGAAAAGCAAACGUCGAACGUGCGAAUAGCCGCGCUCCAAGAGGAGAAAAUCUCUGGACGGAGAUCGAGAUCAAAAUCAAGGGAUCGUGGUGGUGGCGGUGGUAGUACCAGGAGCGGAAGCGGUAGCAUCGGUGGCGGUAAAACGCGAACGUCCAAGAAACGCUCACUGCAACAGCAGCAGAUACAGCGUUCCUCACCGUUGAUCAACACCGGCUCGUCGUCCUCUCCCUCUUCCUCCAACAUACUGCACGCCAAUGAGCCCACCACCACAACUCGUAGUUCGACGCCUAGCAGUAGCCACAGCAGUAGUCACUCGAACGCUAAUAAUAUUAACCAGCCUAAUAUGACCCAUAACAGUAGUAGCAGUAAUUCUAGUCACACUAACUCGGCCAGCAGUAAUACUAGCAACAGCUCGCUAACCGCUUCAAUCGGGACACACAUCGUCGGAACAUCGGCUCAAUCCUAUCCAGACAAGCAUUCCCACUCCACCUCCUCUGCUUCAUAUUUAGCAACUGCUACCGCAAACGCUUCCAAACCUACAUCUGUCACUACUUCCACUGUAACUCCUUCCGCUGCUUCCGGUACACACGUUAUUGAAAUGGUCGGUAUGGUAUCUACCUCGUCAAACAACUUUUCGAGUCCCAGCGGUCCAAAUCAUCAUAUAACACCCGGCGGCAGCACUGGGAGUGGUAACAGCAUCAACAGCAGCCACUCUGGCAGUAACAACACCAACAACAGCAGCAAUAGUAGUAUCUUAAUUACCAAUACCGGCAUAGAACAUGGUCACGGCACCCCCAGUAGCAAUAAUACCAGUAGUAACAGUAAUAAUGCUGUGGUGGUCACGCACACCAGCAAGAAGCUUAGAUCUUCACAAGCAAUGGUUGAAAUACCCUCGCCAUCUAAUUCCAGAACGCCGGACAAUAGUUUCGGUUCCAAUCCGUUUAGCAGCGGUAGCAGCGGAGGACUAAAAUUCUCCUACGAAGCACAACCGUCCAAUCCGGCAGCCAUAGGAGCUACGACGACUAUAAUUACUCCACAAGCGAUGGUCAAGGAAUCUCCACCCAGCUCUCCGGGGUCCGACUCCGGCAUAGUUCGCAGCAACAAGCGCAAUCGAAAGCUAUCGACGAAUUCAAAUGUCGGUGGACCGCUGGACAUGAAAGAAAGCAAGCUGUUCCAAAAUGGAGUUGUCCAUGCGUCUCACAUGCUGGGCAAUCAGCUAAACCCGAACAGCAGUGUGGCUCAAAAAAUGUCCGACCAGCUGAAUAUGGAGAUGGAGACACACACGUUUAUUGAAACUGCCCCGCAGCUGGUGGGACCUCCAUUCCCAGGAAAAAUUCAAAUGUCACGAUCGAGUAACACGGCUGCGCCGCCAACCGGUGGUCCGUCUUUGACUUCGAUGCUGUCGGGAAGUGGUACGGCUACUGCCAACGGCAAUACUCCUCAGAGUUUGGAGCAGCUCUUAGAGCGACAAUGGGAGCAAGGAUCUCAGUUUCUAAUGGAGCAGGCUCAACAUUUCGAUAUUGCCUCGUUAUUAUCCUGUCUUCAUCAGUUACGAAGCGAAAACAUCCGCCUUGAAGAUCAUGUUAACAAUCUUGUAGCUCGACGAGACCAUCUACUCGCAGUUAAUGCACGAUUAGCGAUUCCACUGAAUCCUGUCGUAAUGGGAGGCGUGGGUCUUACUGGUGGUACUAGUGGUUCGGGUGGUACAGGCGGUGGCAGCGGGACUGGUUCCGCAGGAUCUCAAGGUCAUUUCAACAAUAUGCACGGCAAUGGACCACAUGAAUCCGGGGGAGGUUUAACAACCACCAGCACAACCACUAUUUCUAGCCGGAGUAGUCGAAUACAACAACACCAAACACAACAGCAGCAAUCCCAAUCUCAUUUCAGUAGCAACGUGAACAAUCAGGUACCACUGGAAAAUGGAAUCGAUUUUCGACAUUCGAGCUCCACCCAUCAGAACACUAGUAACUCUUCAAUCAGGCACCAUUCUCCUACAAAUCCACAUUACCCUGCUUCAUCCGGUUCAUCUAGCCGGCAAACGGCUUCAACGUCUAAUAGUGUAACCAGUGGGACCGAACCACCAGCGAGUCAUGGUCGCUCUGGACGAAGCAAUAGCAGUAGCAGCAAUACUACGGGCGGCAACAGUAGUAUCACAACCUCAUCAUCAUCCUACCAACAAACAAUCUAUAACACCGCCCAUCAGAUUCCGCUCUUGUUGGAGCACCACCAACAGGAGCACCAUUCCCAACAACAGUUGCAGCCGCAACAGCAACCCCAAACAUCACAAGCGCAUCACCAUCGGCAAGCAUCGCCGACCGUUUCGUCACGCUCCCAUCACUCGUCGCACUCGGCACGCACAACAGGCACUGCAGCAUCUGCGUCCCACUCCCACCACCCACAAGUUUCCCAUCACCACCAACCACUGUCGACUGUGGCGCCUUCCGCACAUACUUUAUCGUCUCAGCAACAGCCACAUCCGCAAAGGCAACGCCAUUAGACCACUUUGAUGGCAGAUUCAACAUUGCAAAACACAUCGAUAGCACUUCUUCAAUAUAUGUAUUUGUGAUAUCAAAUACACAUUCCUGAGCAUAUUUAGUAUUCUCAUCUCUACCUUACGUUAGCACCGACUCGUUUACAAGUUCUUUAACUAAUUAGCGUUUAGGAGAAAAUAACUUCUGGACCACAGAUGAUGCAUGAUUAGUGAGUCGAUUAACAAACAGAUUUAUUUGAAGUAAUUCGCCAGAGGCAGACAUCCAAAUGCCAUCUGAAACCUAAUGUUACGGAUCUUCAGAGUCGAACCGUAGAAAAAUUGAUGCAAACUUGUGUACUUGAGUGUCUGCCUGGAAAUGGUUGGAAUACAUCAAGAUGCAGCCGGUGCAUGCCAAAAUUAAAGACUUUUAGAUAAAUAGUUCAAUACAUACUUCGCAAUUCGAUAUGAGCACUUGAAAUACGCAAUUUUGAUCAGCAGUGAGUACCCAAAUAGAGCUGUAUGAAUUAUAAUUCAUAACCAACUAACCCUUAUGUCACACUAGUAAACGAAACGACCCUUCUAGCUUUUCUUUUUUGAAAUGGCUAGAUCCUGCAAUGAUCAUUCUAGCUUUUCUUUUUUAAAGUGACGUGCUGAAAAUCGAAUAUUUCUAAUUUCUAAUAAUAAAUUCUUCAACAAAACACCAGCGGUUGACUAUUUUCUCGAAUUAUUUAAAACAAGACAGAUUUCACCAGGUAAAAGCGGUAGCGAUUCAUCAAAUGAGCAAAACUACUAAAGGUAUUAAUUUAAAUCAGCAUUAAAUAGUGUACAUUUGCUCAUUUGUAAUGGAAUUGUUGGCAUCCCUUUGGCGUUCCAGUUUUUGUCUUUGCACUACACCGAUGUAAUAUCGAUUACACUCGGGUUUGAUUAGACCCUUUCAUAUACUACACCGGUGUUGCACAUUGUAAAAAUUAUCAUUGUUCUCCUUUGGUUAUUACUAUGGAACCUUUGUUUGUAGUAUCUCAUAGACACGUAUUAACAAUAUGUAAAUAUGUUUUAACAAUAGUUCUUUAGCUUAGAGUGACUCAUAGAAUAAGACAGCGUUAAUUAGAAUAUGGCUUCGAAAUGCAAACUGGUACAACUUCUUCAACAGUCGAUAUAGUUUCUUGAACUGAAUGCCUCAAGCAUCUUAUCUAUUGAAGCUUGUUGAUUGUUUGAGUUUGCAAAAUUUUAGCUCACCAACUAAAUAAACCACUAAUUGUUUAUUUAUAUCUAUCUCAUAAUUUGCCGAAUAUUUAAGAUCUCAGGUCAACACUUAUCUACUAAAAAUGCUUUGUAGAUCCCACCUUUCAAUCUAUAAAUAUAUUGUUUUAGAGAGGUGAUCUUUUCUACAUUGAACAAUUUGGCGACAUUAGAUAAAUGUAAAAAGUUAAACAAGAAAUCAUUGUCUGUCAAAAGUCUUAUGAAUAAUCUGUAUCUUCUAAGGUGGUGAAAAUAAAAAUUGAAGUACUUA